AUGCAAGAAUUCUAUAUUGAGUGUAUUACCUGGGAAACGACAUUCAAUUUAGACAGCGAAAUCACUCUUUACGUCCGCCAUGGCGGCGCCGCGUUCCGCAUCUGCUACGAUCCACGCAUCCUCGCCGUCUCGCCUUCUGUUUUGGACCAGCACCACGAGUCAUACCGAAUCCUACACAAUGAUAAUCCAGAUGGAGAAUUUUUAGAAGUGGCGGAACGUCUAAGAAAGCCGUUUGAGGAACUUAUGACUCAGAUGGCCCCACCAAUGGAGUCAAUACGGCAUCUGCACAGUUAUCUCUACCCGCCGUGGUUCAUUCUCGAGGCAAGUGUAGCUAAGAGCAGCAGCCACAUUCAACCACAUUUCAAACUAGCCCUCUCGCGACAGGAGUUCAUGCGUCCAGGUGAUUAUGUAACCAACAACUUCCUUCAAGCACACCUGUCUCCGCUACUUAACUCGAAACUUAAUCAAUACUCGUCUCGUCAAGUGCAAGUUCUGGCUCAAACACCGCAAUUAGUUCCAUCUAGGGUCCUUGUAGAUGGUACUGUGUACUUCUUCAAACCUUGGGUCUCAGGUCGAGUGCAUGGAUACCACGAGUUACAGUCAUACAGGAAGAUCCUAGCGGAUACCAAGGCAAGCCCGCCCCUUCUCGCCGACGCACGUAUCUGCCGCCUUUACGGUCUAAUUAUCGACAAUGACGAUGAUGUCCUCCAACACUAUCCUCUCGAUAACGGCGAGGAGGACCAUUCUGGGACCCGUUUAGUCGGACUACUUCUUACGUGCAUCGAGAAUCGAGGCACUUUGAAGGAUUUGGCGCCUUGGGACGACUGUACAAAUGAGGAUCGGCUUCGCUGGUCUGGGCAAAUACACCAUGCGGUCGAAUGUUUGCAUAACGCAGGUGUAAUUUGGGGAGAUGCUAAGCCCGAGAACGUUUUGAUUGAUAUGGAGGGCGAUGCCUGGCUCAUUGAUUUUGGCGGUAGUUAUACCCCGGGCUGGGUUGACGAGGAUAAGCGGGAGACUGUGGAAGGAGACUGGCAGGGUGUGCAAAGGAUUGAUGAUUGGCUCACCAGAUGGUCCCGCCAGCCGGUUACUCGUAUUAAGCGGAGUGGUGAAGGGGAGGGGAGGAGGCAGGGAGAGAGUUUUGAGGGGGGUAAGGAGGUGGGGUUGUGA